ACAGCAGCCAGACAAGAGAAGACGGAGAGCUGUGCUGCGGCUUGUCGCAGGAAACACGCUACCAAAUUCCCCACAGGAUUGCUCCAACGGGUAUCCAUGUAGACAGCUGUUACAUGGACUCCGGGGUAGUUGGUGGUGGGAUGUCGGAUUCCUAUCUGUGACACCGAGGCACAUGCUGACCAAUGAUGGGAAAGUCUGACCUGCUGCAGUGCCCAUCGUCUCAACAGAGAUGACCGCAGGAGAAAGUGUGGAAAUGUGGAUAAGGGUGUGAGCUGGGAGAAUUCAACGUCUGGGCCAAGAUCUCCUCACACUGAGCCAAAAAGAAACCUGUUCUAGUUGAGACAGAGAAAAAGCACACACAGACCCCCAAUCAGCUGCCACAAUGCUGCUGCCAGGACCACUGUGGGUGUGCCUGGCUCUGAUAUGGAUGGGAAGCUGCAGUGCCCACAGUCUAUUUACCUGCGAGCCCAUCAAAGUGCAUCGGUGCUUGGGGAUGCCCUACAACAUGACCUUCUUUCCCAACAUGAUGGAGCACUACGACCAGGAUAUUGCAGCUAGUAAUAUGGAGCCAUUCAUGCCCCUGGCAAACCUACGCUGUUCUCCAGAUGUCCAUCAGUUCCUAUGUCAAGCUUUUAUCCCAGCAUGCACCGAGGAGGAUAAGGUGAUCCGUCCAUGCAGAGAGGAGUGCGAGACCGUUAUGUCUGACUGCGAGGAGAAUAUCCGAAUCUUUGGGAUCACCUGGCCUCCUGAGCUACAGUGUGAUAAGCUGGAGUCCUGUAGCUUGGUUGAUGUGUCAGCACCAGCAACCACCCCAACGAGUACAUCAUCAGCUAAGAGGGACCUUGGCUUCUGGUGCCCUCUGCAGCUUAAGACCAAGCCGGGUCAUGGAUCAUCCUUCCUGGGUGCCCAGGACUGCGCUCCACCUUGCUCCAACAUGUACUUCAAACCCCAUGACAUCGAAUUUGCAAAGAGCUUUGUCGGCGUGUGCUCCAUCAUCUGCUUGGGUGCCACGCUCUUCACCUUCCUCACUUUCCUAAUUGAUGUCAAGCGUUUCCGUUACCCCGAGCGUCCCAUAAUCUUCUAUGCCGUGUGCUACAGCUUCGUCUCGCUCAUAUACUUUAUUGGUUUCCUGCUGGGGAACAAUGCGGCCUGUACCAAAGCGGCUCAUCCUGCAGGUGUGGACACAGUGGUGCUAGGCUCUCAGAGCAAAGGCUGCACUCUGCUUUUUAUGCUGCUCUACUUCUUCUCCAUUGCUGGUAUCGUCUGGUGGGUCAUACUCACCAUCACCUGGUUCCUGGCAGCUGGACCCAAGUGGAGCUGUGAGGCCAUAGAGAAAAAAGCGGUGUGGUUCCACUCUGCAGCAUGGGGGAUCCCUGGGGCAUUAACUAUCAUGCUGCUGGCGCUGAACAAGGUUGAAGGAGACAACAUCAGCGGCGUUUGCUUCGUGGGGCUCUACGACCUGGACGCCCUGCGCUACUUUGUUCUGGCUCCUUUGUGUGUCGGUGUAAUAGUCGGCCUCUUCCUCAUCCUGGCGGGCAUUGUUUCUCUCAACAACGUCCGCCAGGUCAUUCAGCAUGAUGAGCGCAACCAGGAGAAGCUGAAGAAGUUCAUGAUCCGCAUCGGCGUGUUCAGCUGCCUCUACUUGGUGCCACUGGUUACCCUGUUAGCCUGCUACACCUACGAACAGAGUCACCGCAGCACCUGGGAGAACACCUGGAUCAACGACCGCUGUCAGGAGUACAGCAUCCCCUGCUCCUACAAGAUGACAGAGCUCGACCGGCCGGAUCUCUCCCUGUUUCUGGUGAAAUACUUAAUGACGUUAGUGGUGGGAAUAUCUGCAGUGUUCUGGGUCAGCAGCAAAAAGACGUGCUCUGAGUGGGCCUACUUCUUCAACAGGACCCGCAAGAGAGAUCCCAUCAGUGAGAGUCGCCGGGUGCUGCAGGAGUCCUGUGAGUUCUUCCUCAAGCACAACAGCCGCGUGCAGCACAAGAAGAAGCACUACAAACCGAGCUCCCACAAGCUCAAGGUCAUCUCAAAGUCCAUGGGCACGAGCACAGGCGCUGCACCAUCAAACGCCUCCACCUCCGCAACCAUAACCAAUCAAGGAACCUCUGCGCUGGGCAAUCACGAGCCUCAUUUGCAUGGAUCUGUAUCUGAGGCCUCGGUCAGGGAGCACCUGGAUAGGGGCACCUCCAGCCGAAGCUCCAGGAGAGGGGAGAGGGAGAGGGAGGGAGGAGAGAGACGGAGCAAAGGUGGGAGUUCCAGUAAGGUCAGCAGCCGCUCAGGGAGCAUGCACAGAGUCCCAGAUGGGAGGAUGACUCCAAGGAGCGAGCUGUCAGAUGCCAGGCAGCUCCCCACUGGACAGCAGCAUCCAGCUUUAAACCUAUCACACAGCAGCAGCAUCCAGGGCUCCGCCCACCAGCUGGUGCCCCGGGUGCCUGAGGAGAACAAGGACACAAAGGACAGCAGCUGCUGAGACAUCUGACCAACCAGUUUAUCUGUGCAUCCAUCCAUCCAUCCAUCCUGAAACCACUUGUUCAUGUAUCAGUUUUAAACCAUAGAACCAUUUGUAUUAUACUUCAUAUAAGCUUCAUCAUCACAUUAUGAUUGUAUUGGUUACAUUUAUAGUCAAUGAAUGUUUCAAACGCAGUAUGUUCAGAAUCUGUUGGUUUCAGCGGAGAACCUGAGGGUGCUGGAUUGUUCCGUUAAAUGACGGCUGUGUCUUUGAGCUUUACUUGGCUUCUGUCCAUUUAGUGUAUAUCUGAAUGUUCCGCUGCUGAAUCAGCUGCUGUUUCCCACCUAUACAUCUACCAAUGGUCACUUAAUUUUUGUAGCAUGCAUUUAAAACGUUAGGUCUACGGUUGUGUAGCUUGUUAGCUCCAUGGCAUAAAAUGCAUACUAGUAAACAAAUUCAAUAUUUAUGUAAACAUUCUAUUUUUUAGAAAUGAAGUCUUUCACUGGGUAAGUCGCUACACUGAGUGUUAUCUUAAGAAAGGUCAUGACGUCGCCAAACAGUCAAAGUAAGGAGAGUCUUCCUGUGGUUGGUUAUUUUUUGAAUGUCUUAUUGUUUUUCCUGGAAUGAUGGUUUUUUUCUUCAAACCUCAUCUUGUAAUACACACAGUGUGCUACUUUACUGCUUUGAAAAAAAAGGGCACACUUAAACUUGAUGUAGUUGAUUUUUAGACAGUAUUGUAAUGGUGUUUUUUAUUUGACAAAGUUUUACUUUCUCUUGUUCCUGUUGUCCAAACACUUAAUGUGUGCAGAGAUGUCUUCAAAGAAGUGUCCUGCGUAUCUGAUAAAGUAUAGCUUUAUAGUCUUCUACAAGAAUGUUCUUCCUCUGAGUAGUUCCAUAUCUUAAAAGAAGUUCACAGAACCUACAGAUGUUUUACAUGUGUGACAGUGACCUGUGAUCUUGCUGUAGGUAUAAAUUCAUGUGAUUUUGGAUGAAUUAAGGAAAACAAAUCAAACCAGCUUUGCACUAUGUGUCAUUAGAAGCACAAACAACUAACUAUUAAGUAUGACUAGUCAUACACAAACACAAAAAAAGAGAAUUUGGGGCUUCGUUCAGGGCUUAUUUUUAUAACAUAUGGCUCGUGGCCUGGACCAUAUAUUUCUUUUAAGUACUUCCAGAUCAGCACCUGUGAUGUAUUGGAGAACCUGUCAUGCUGGACUGUGUUAUUUGCAGUGCAAGGGGUUUAUUCUUCCCUUAAAGGUGCAAUAUGUAAGAAUUUGUUCACCAACAGGAUAUGAAUGAACAGUGUUGGCAUCAUGUCAAAGACAUCUAUGUAUUUGGUUACAGAGAUAUAUGUUGAGGUCAGCAUGCUAACCUUACCACAUUGAGUAAAAAACAACACACAUCCCUGCUCCGAGCUCCCGGUCCAGGCAGAGUCUGCUAAUAGAGCUGCACAGUUAACUAAGGUAACUUGCAGUGGCUACAGUUAGCAGCUACAGUUAGCAGCUACAGUUAGCAGCUGUUAGCAUUAACGCCACCCCCUAUUUGUCUGGAGCUUGAAUUUGACCGGCGGCCGAUUCUUACGUACUGCACCUUUACAUGUCUUUACCUUUUAUAUUUGGGAGUCACAGGACAAUUCCAAUAACACUAAUUAAAAGGGAAAUCGUUGUCAGUCUGUGUCUGUUGUGUACAUACAUGUAUGCUCUUACUCUGGCAUGUGGACGGGGGUCUUUUCUAUAAUGUAUCUAGACUUGGUGUAGUCUAUGAAAUGCUCUAUACGACUUUUGUACACUUUUUUGUACUGUUUUUUAUGUAGCCUAUCUUGUCAGUUGAAUUUUGUAUCAAUCCAAUUUAAUUUUAAUAAAAUAUAGAUGAAAUGA